GUUGUACGUUCAUUCAGUCUGACACCCAGUGCACGCACACACCUUCCGCACGCUUUUCUGUCUCUGCACUUCACACUCUAGAGAGAGAGAGAGAGAGAGAGAGAGAGAGAGUCUUCGUUUCGGGAUCUUCUCUGCCUUGUUACAGUUAUGGAGAGAAAACAGGGCUUAUUUUCGGCGUUCAAAGAGGAGUUAGUUAGAGCCCGGCCUCGGGGCCGACGCCCCUCGCCGUCCGCUUCCGAAAUAAUCCGGCGCCGGCGUCCCGGCGGCGAGACAUUGUCGCCGCUGAUGGAGGGUCCGGAUCCGAGCGGGUCGGACUGCAAGAGCGAAAAGUGGGGGAACUGGAUAUUCCGGCCGCCGUCCGGUUCCGGCUCCGACCUGAGACUCCUCCUCGGCAUCUUAGGCGCGCCGCUCGCCCCCGUGCAUGUCACCAACAACGACCCUUUGCCGCAUCUCACCAUCAAACACACCCCAAUCGAAACGUCGUCAGCUCAGUACAUCUUGCAGCAGUAUAUGGCGGCUUCUGGAGGCCAGAAGCUUCAGGGUAUCGCCAAUGCAUACGCGAUGGGCAAGCUGAAGAUGUUGGCCUCAGAUCUCGAGACAGCCACCAAGGUUAUAAAGAACAGGAACUCUUCGAAAACGCCUGAUUCUGGUGGUUUUGUGCUCUGGCAAAUGAAUCCCGACAUGUGGUACAUUGAGCUUGCGCUUGGUAGCAAUGAAGUUCACGCUGGCUCUAACGGUAGCCUCGUUUGGAGGCAUACCCCUUGGCUUGGCACACACGCUGCAAAGGGUCCCGUCAGACCCUUGCGACGUGCGCUUCAGGGACUGGACCCGAGAACUACUGUCAACAUGUUUGCCAAUGCAAAAUGCACGGGUGAAAAGAAGAUCAAUGGCGAGGACUGUUUCGUUCUCAAACUCGCUGCUGAUCCACACACAUUGAAGGCCAGGAGCGAGGGGCCAGCAGAGAUAGUAAGGCACGUUAUCUUUGGCUAUUUCAGCCAGAAAACAGGGCUUCUCGUGCACUUGGAAGACUCCCAGCUCACCCGAAUCCAAACAAACGGAGGCAAUGCGGUCUAUUGGGAGACCACAAUCAAUUCAUUUCUCGAUGACUAUAAACCCGUCGAGGGAAUCGUGAUCGCCCACUCAGGGCGAUCAGUGGUAACCCUCUUCCGCUUUGGCGAAACAGCCACGAGCCACACGAAGACGAGGAUGGAAGAAGCGUGGACCAUCGAGGAAGUGGCGUUCAACGUCCCCGGCCUAUCAGACGAGUGUUUCAUUCCUCCCGCAGAGCUGAGAUGCAGUUCCACCGGUGAAGCUUGCGAGCUCUCUCAAGGGGCGAGAACGAAGAACGCCUGCAAAGCUACAGUUUCUGCACUCGAUAAAUCGCACGGUGGCAAAAUCAAUAGUGUCACAUUGGAUGAAUAUUUGAGGUGAAGGUGAUGAUCAUGGAAGUUUUUAAGUUUCUGUAUCCCAAUCUGGCAAUCUGUACAUAGUAACUCACAGGAUUAUUUAGAGAUUACUUCUCCAAAACUUGAUCGUUCCUUACUACAUUUUGGUUUUUCAGUUUGUAAUACUUCCCAGGAUGAAUUCCAAUUGUAAGGCUGGCGAUUUUGUAUCUUCUAUAAUUCUGUAAAAUUCUGCCCACUAGCAUCCUCUGAACUGUUGUUUCUGUGAAUAAAAAGUGGAUUUAAAUUU